CUAGAAUUGACUGGCUCCGUAUGGCAGGAAAAUACAUAAACAAGGAUGAUAACAGAGAAAUAACAACACCAGAAUUAAUGUAAAGAUUCUGAGCAGUCAACAUGGAUCCUCCAGAACCUGUAAACCUCAACAGGGCUAUCCUGUUCUGUAAUUUCUUCAACUUCUUUUUCACAGCUAGUAAAGCAUGCUUGUUUCCAUUUUUCUCCCUGUACUUAAGACUGCUGGGUCUGACAGCUACUCAGACUGGAGUUAUCAUCAGCCUUAAAACUCUGGUGGCAUUCAUAUUUGCACCGCUGUGGACUAAAUGUGCAGUCCAGUGCCGUAAAAGGCGGUUUGUGUUUACUUUUUCCAUUUUUAUAAUGGCAGUGACCUACUUAUCAUUAACAUUAGUUUCCAAUCAGAAUCAUGCAGCAUUAUCCCAUUGUGUACCUGCACACAAACAAAUUCCUAAUAACCAAUCUAAAUUUACAAGCACAGAUGAAAUUAUUGAUAUUUUAAACCAUAACAAGAGUGUUGUUUCUCUGCUCCCCACACCACCACAGGUGGACAAGACACUUAACACCAGUGAAGGUCAAGUGAACAAUGUAAGUAGUGUAUCCCCUUCCUCCGUUCAUACUUCUCCAGGGAGUCCUACGGAAAUGCCUGCAGAUGAUCUGGAGGACAAGAAAAUUGAAAUAUCAAAAGACAUCCUCAUAUUUCUUGGACUUGAAAAGGAGGAAGUGCAGAAGAUGACCAGACAAGAUAUUUAUGAAGUAUUUAAAGAAAUGAUGAGUACAGAAGAUAUGCGGGGUCUUGUUGAAAAUAGACUGGAUGCAGAGACUGUGAAAUUUGUGUGGAAAGUGAUUCGUGAGAAUGCGAACAUUGAGAAGGCUAGCAAGUCAUCAGCUUCAAAAGUUCGAAGGAAGCGAGACAUUAAUAUCACAUCACUUCUGGCUAGCUUGAAGACAAGUUUGCAUGAUCUUAGACAGCGUGUAAAGAACCGUGGUCAUGACUACACUUUCGCGGUUGUCAUUGUUAUCCUUUUGAUUGGGGAGCUGUUUGCAUGCCCUGUUGAAAAACUAGCUGAUGAUUUUUGGUUUGACUAUUUGGAGAAAAUCGAUGAACUUGAGAAGUACGGAAAACAUCGUAUCUGGUGCUCUAUGGCCUAUAUGACUUUUCCAGUGAUUGUCACUUUGAUAGUCAGCAAUACAGACUGUCUUUUUGGCAUGGAUAUCCCUCCAUUCAUGCUGCAUUUCUAUUUAUUUGGAUCUUUGCUGGGAUUGACAUUCUUACUUGGCUUUUUCUACCCUAUAUCAGCAGAUGCCAAAGCCAAGUAUAAGAGCAAGUUGCGGCGUGGAUUGGGUACCACAUGCUGUAAAUGUGUUGGCCUGCUAUAUGUCCUCACCCUGCUCUUAGUUGGAAUGAUCUAUGCUGCAUACUACAAUUUCCUGUUUUGGAUGAUCCAGGACCUCAACGGUUCAGAGUCUGUGAUGGGAUUAUGUAUCACUAUUUCUACUGUUGUAGAGAUACCAAUGCUGUUUUUCAGUAAAGAGAUAAUCCAGCGUCUUGGCCAUGGCGGAGUGGCUAGCUUGUCACUGUUGAUGUUAUCUGGACGCACACUGUACUAUUCCUUCCUCUGGACACCUUGGGCUGUGCUUCCUGCUGAAAUGUUACAUGCCCUUACACACACUGCUCUGUGGUAUGCAGUGUUCAACAACCCCACAUUUAACAUUAACCCUGUAGCAGACAGAAGUAUCCGCUCCAUACUGUCAUCGAUAUACUUCGGAAUUGGGUUUGCUUCAGGAAGUAUUGCAUCAGGCCUUAUCUAUGACACCUACGGGUCUGCAGUUCUCUACAGAGUCUGUUCAUUGAUAUCAGCAAUAUGGUGUCCAAUAUUUUUCAUAUUGCAAAAAUGUUGUCAGCCACCUAUGGAAUCUGAGAUAAAGUAUACAAGGCUACUACAGUCGGAAGACCUGUCUGAUGAUGAGGUUCCUGAUGAUUGGCUUGAGAAAGCCCUCAAAGAUCGAUGAAUAUGCUCUUGCAUGACCAGAAAUUCUCUUAAAAAUCAGUGAAAAACCUCAACUAUCAGAGAAUUAUUAGUAGCUGUCUGGAAAGGCUCUUGAUGUUCGGAAAAUAAACACAAGUAUGACCCAGAAAAGAUUUUAAAGUUGACAAAUAAUUAAGCAUUUGCUGACUGGAAAGUCUCAAUGAUUGAUCAAAUAAAGCUAGCUUUGUAUGGGUAGCUUUUAAUCAGCUAGAUCUACACACAUUAUAUGUGGUAUUUUUGGAUAAUCUUUCUGUAAUUUUUCUCUUUUUUUGCAACUUUGGUAUAUAUACAAUGUUGUGGCAAUUCCUUGGCCUUGACAAACUAUUUUUUUAAUCAACUCAACUAUUACUUGUCAAAUUGAUAUUAUUUUCUAACAUUUAAACAAAAUAACACAGAUGAUAUAUUAUUUUCUACCAAUUUAUAAACCACAAUAUUUAGUAUUUCCUCGUUUUUUUUUAAGAAUAAAAUCCCAUAAGACAGUAGAAGGCUCAUUAAUUGCCAAAAGUAAACGGACCAAAGUUGAGGUGUUAUGAUAUAUAGAUAUAUUUUUUGUGUGUUUUGAAAAUUUUUGUGCAUUUUUCCUGUAAAAUAUCUCGAACCUUUAAUUUUUUAUGUACAUGUGCUGCAAAUGAAAGUUUUAUAAGCAACAACUUUUACCUCUCACUGAUAUGCACCUUUUAUACAGAAAUACAAAAUCUGUAUACUCUGAAAAGAUGUUCAUGCAACUCUGGAUCCUUCACUUUCAUGAAAGAAUUAACUGCAAAUACAAUUUUAAGAACUUAACAAAAAUACUACAGUACCACUUACCACAAUAUAUUUAGCCAUGUACUCGGUAGAGACUAUAGCUGAAUAACUGGACAUUUGGUGUAUGUAAAAUUUCACAGGUCUCCAUUAUCUUGAGGUUGCCUGUUUAUGUACUUAUAACUCAUAUUUCAUACAUAUAGCACUUUAAUGCUGAAUUCUUGAGGGAAAAAAAACCAUAAUUUCUGAUAAUGUCAUUAUUGUUUAACCAUGCAUGUUGAUAAUUUGAUAUAUUUGAUACACUACUUUUUUGCAUUUAUUAGUACCGGUUGUCAAUUACAAGUAUUGAUCUAUAAAGACAGACAUAAUAUGGAUUUGUCACAUGAUUAACUGUUAUCUGUGAAUUCCCCUGUAUAAUAUCCAUGUCACUAAAAUAAUAUACCUUGGAGUGUUUUUCAUUACCUUUACAAGUCGGUAAUCAAUUGUGAUGUCAUAAUAUGAAGAUGGUGAACGAAACAGCUGCCUCCAUUUGAUUUUGCAAUGGUGUAGGUACUAUUAAAAAACAGUUACAUGCACAUCAAUUUUUUCCAAAAGGAAAAUAUAUAUAACUCCUUGAUUCUGUGUCACCUGCAGUGGUGGUUGGAAUGAAAAGGAAAUACAAGAAUUUGACUUAAAUUUAGUAUUUAACAUCUGUAUAUCUAGCUGAACCUGUUGUAAAUUCUUGAUUCUGUGUUGUCAUUUUCUGUGGUGUUCAGAAUGAAAGUGAUACAGGAAUUUGACUUCAAUCAAGUAUUUCUAUAGCCGAUUAUCGGGAAUUUGACUUAAAUCAAGUAUUUCUAUAGCUGAUUAUCAGGAAUUUGACUUGAAUCAAGUAUUUCUAUAGCUGAUUAUCAGGAAUUUGACUUGAAUCAAGUAUUUCUAUAGCUGAUUAUCAGGAAUUUGACUUGAAUCAAGUAUUUCUAUAGCCAAUUAUCAGAACAUGGCAUAGACACAGUGAAGACCUGCUGUAGAUGUGUCAUAGAUGUAGUAAGCAGCCCCUGAACAUAUUGACAACCUAAUGUGAUUGUAAACAAUGUUGCAUUUUUGUUGCACAUGGGCAGUGAGAUCAUAUUGAUAACUUCAUUGAUGUAGAAUACAGGGUUUUAGGCAAUCCUGCUGAAAUCAGCUUAAAAUAUUUCGAUCCAUGCCUCAGGACACUUUUGCAUGAAUUUAGUCUGGCUAUGCUGCUGUUUUGUCCUCACAUUUUGACUUUAAAACCUGUCUCUCAGAGUCUAAUUGUUGUUUCAAAACAUUUUGUAUCAAAUGAAAACUCAUUUCAGAUCCUAUAAAAUUUUCCGUUAGUAAUAAAGGUUAAAAUUCAAACUUUUAAAAUUUAUUUAAUGUACAAGUCAAAUGGCAAGUAUACAAUGUAGGAACAUAAGUUGAUAUUCAUUUUAUGUAUUUCAAAAUCAUAAAUCUUUAAUCAUAUUCAGUAAUGUAAAUGUUGUUGUUACAAUAUAUAGUUUAUCCAAGUGGAAUUAUUUCUUCCUGUAUAUACCCUGUAUACACCCGGUAUACACCCUGGUAUACACCCGGUAUACACCCUGGUAUACACCCUGUAUACAUCCUGUAUACACCCUGCUUUGUAUGACAUACACUGUCAUAUAGUCUGGCUAGACAAGUUAGGGGAAAUCAGUCUCGCUAUACAUAAGACUUUUUAUCUGUCAUACAUUUACUCACCAACAUAUCUCUUUUUUUUCUGGCUGAUCAGAAUACAGCUUCAUUUUAAUGUCUAUUGUUGUCCCACUAUUUUACACUGAUCUUAAUGUUUACUUAUAUUGUCUAUAUAUACGCAAUUAUUUUUUAUUGCACACCUUGAAAUCCAUUUAACAGUAUCUGAGUUGCUCUUACAAUUUAAGAAUCCUUAUUUUCAAAGAAACACCUUUAACUGUUAUUAAUACCUAUUUAGAUCUUGCCCAUGACAAGCGUUUUCAUUGCCACAUACCAGCUAUUUUUAUUAAAAAUUCAUUGCAAUAUAAAACUAUUUAUGUAAAUUUUUUACAUAUAAACUUGUCCCAUUUUACUUUAACUAUUGGAUGAUAAAGCAUCCUCACUCAGCCCAUUUUACUUUAUUUAACUAAUUAUUGGAUGAUAUAGCAUUCCAUUCGUGUCCCAUUUUACUUUAACUAUUGGAUGAUAUAGCAUCCUCACUCGUCCCAAUAAUUAUCUACCAAAAUCAUCCAGAGAAAUAUUCAUAGUUAUAUCAAAAAGUAGGUCAUUGCCAUGGGUUUUUGUGUUUAGUUUUUUUGUUUAUUUGAUUUUAUAGCUUCCACAUCACUAGACAUCAACUCCCAUAUUGUUAUACAAUUAUCAUCAGUUUUUGCAUACAGAUGUUUAGGCUUUGGACCAGCCAUAUGUUCCAAAUUUGCAUAAUAUUGUGUGUUUUUUUUACAUCUGACAUCUUAUGAUAAAUAUGUAUUUUCUGCCGGUGUAUAUAUUCACAAUUUUUCUAUUGUGACUAAAUGCUGUGGCAUUUUUAUAGAAGGUAUAUUGCAUGUUAUUAUGUACAUGGACUGUAAACAAUAAUAUGCACAAGAAAUCAGCUUUAAUAUGCAUUAAAAAUCAAAAAAAGGAAAAUGUUAAAUGAAUUUCAAUCAUUCAUAAUUUACAAUAGAGUUAAAUAAUAAUUUUGCAUGUGUUUCAUUGAAGGAUGUAUAGGAAAUCAAUAUUUUAGAUACAUGUAUCAAUAUUUAAAACUUUGUUUGAAUGGCAGUAUUGUCAUAAUGCAUAAUUAUUUGAUAAUCUCAAAAACAGCACUGUGCCUUCAUUUACACAAAUUACGUAUUGUAGACAUUGGAAUGUCAGUCGUUGUGAGAUAUAAUUUAUGUUUUGUUAUGAAGAGUUGAACUGUGUGUUCUUUCCAUUGACCUUGGUGUAUGUGGCUAUAUGUACAUAAUUGUUAUUAUAGACAAUGAACUGCUUAUUGCUCUCAUUCCUUCUUGUUUACCGUUACAUAUUUAUAUCACUUAAUAUAGCACCUGUUAUUUUGACAUAGUAUGAAGUACACAUUUUUCAGGAUUGAUUAUUUACAGUACAUAUUUUAGCUUAACUGGUUUGCUUAUGUCAUUGGGCAGUGUCCAUAAACUUUUCUUUUAAAUUGCUACUUGCAUAAAGGACUGAAUUGAUUUUGACCAAAUUUGGUUUGGUCCAUCCUUGGGGAAGGGGAACAGAAUUUGCAUUUUUAUUUCUUUCAAACCAAAAAGCUAAAUGUUUGUUAAGGAAAGUAUUGCAUACUCUAAUGCAUGGCACUGAGGGGAAGAUUCCAAUAGGAGAAAGUAUUUGUAAUAUUAUAACUUAAGAGUACUUUGCUAUAAUCACUUAAACAAUCAGAUGAGCAAUGCAGGCCCCAUGGGUCUCUUGUUUCUGAGUGAUAGUAUGAAUUUGGUACAUCUUAACAAAAUGAACCCAUCAUUAUUACAUUAUUUGUGUAUCUCAUUUAAAUACUGCA